AAUAGUAAUAAAAAUAAUAAUCAAAUAAUAUCAGGAUUUUAUAAUUUUCAUAUUAAUGCAAAUUUAGUUGGAGGUGGUGACAACAUAACAGUAUGAGAUCUAGCUUAGGCGGAAAUAAUUCAACAUUACAUGGAAAUGUUAAUAUAUUACUUGGCGGGGCGAUGCUAUCUGUUGUAAUAACAGUUUUAUGUGUUGUCUGUUAUUGUUGUCAUCGUAAUAUUAAAAAACGUACAGAAUCUGCAUAUAGACAACGAUGGUUAGAAAAUGAUCCUAAUAUGGAAAUUUAUAGUGUGGAACAGUGUUACGAAACAUCGGGUUUAUUUAUGGAUUCAGACGAAACUUUGGCCAGUCAAGUACCAACAUUAAGCCAUCAGCCUCCACCAUCAUAUGAUGCUGUUGUAGCAAUGGAUGAAAUUAUAAAUCGUCGCAUAUCUCCACCACCGGGUUAUAGAUCAACAACUUCCAUAACAAAUAGUAAUGUUUUGAAAUAUAACGAUAUUCAACAAACACCAUCGACGUCCUCAUCAACAUCAUCUAAUCAACACCACCCUCAUCACUUACAUCAUCGUCACAACGAACAACUAUUAAAUCUACACAAUAAUCGUCUUCAAACUUCGCCUGCAACAACAAAUCAAUUACAACUACCAAACCAGCUUUAUCGAAAUCGCCAAUCUUUAGGAAAAUACCCAUUGUCAAAAAAUCAUCACAGCAAUUAUCGUAAUUUUGGACGUAGACCAACACCAAUGACAAGUGCUUCAGCAUCAACACUUGAAAAAAAUUAUCGUUUCAGAAUGUUGCGCACUGAAUCAUGUUGCUCUUUAGAACGUGCUCUGGGUGGUUGUAGAACGAGUGCUUUGGAUUCAAGCAGUAGUAGCAACGGCAGUAUAUUAGAAGAUGAAAAUAUUUCCCUACCACCGACAAUGAAUCCUCGAUACACUUUAAAUAAUAAUUCAGUAUCAAGUAAAUUAAAUUUACCAUCUACAUCAAUCAGUUCUACAGACUACGAUCAUGGUUGUCCAUUAUGCGGAAAACUUCGUUAUUUAAAUACAGCUUCUGCAAAUAGUGAUGCUAAUCAAAAAUCAGAUUUAAUGGAUAGCAAUGAAUUUUAUGAUAAACAAUCACGUAAUAAGUUUACUCGAAAUUCAUCAGGGGCAUUAACGACGAUAGGAAAAUCGUCGAGCAGCGAAAUUGAUAACAUUGUUGAUGUUGAGCAACAAAUAUACAAUAAAAAUAAUGAUAAUAAUAUUCAGGUAAAUAAAAAUUCACCAAUAGUAUCAGCAAAAUCGACAUCAUCAUCUUCAAAUAAUUUAUCAAACACAUGUGAAUGUUAUUCAACAAACAAUAGCCAACAGCAUUUGCCUUUUUCUGACAAUUCAACAAAUUUAACAUCAUUAACAGUUCCAUCAACAUCAGGUGCUGUUAUGUUAACUGCUGAGGAAAAUGAUAUGAAUUGUUCGAAUGCAUCUGGAAUAUCCUCAGAAACUAGUCAAAUACAAAUGGAUACAAAUCCAGAUAUUGAUGUUCCUCUGGUUCAAUUAUUUGUUGAAAAUAAUGAUAAUAAUAGUGAUAUGAUUGCAAUAAAAGAUGACAAUGUAAACUUUGAUAAAAAUGCUAAUUUAUUACAACGAUACGUGCAAUCUGUUCAAAAUUCAAAUGAAGAACAACAAAAUAUAUAUCACUGUAACAACGAUGAUAAUGCAGUUAUUAAUAAUAAUAUAGAUAAUAAUAAUACCACUAAUAAUAGUAAUGAUAAUAAUAACAAUAAUAACAAUAUCUUAUGUCAAAAUAUAGAUUUAAUUGCAGCAACACACUCUAAUGUAAAUAAUAAUAGCAAUGUUGUUAAUAUUUGUAGUAAUAGUAUUGAAUCAAUGGACUCAAUAAAUGAUAAUGGAAUUCUACGUUUAGAUAUGAGUCAAAUGAUUGAUAAAACAGGUUUACCAACCUAUGAUGCUGCAUUGAAGCUGGAAUCAAGUGGUUACGUUUAAUAAUUUUAUAUAGAAUAAUAAAUUUUUAAUUUAAGUUAAAUAUAAAAGCUUAUAAUAGAUGUAAGAAUGUAAGAAUGUUUUAGGAAUAAAAAUAAAAUAGCAAUAUCAGAAACAAUUGAUUAGGUACGUUGUAACAAUGUCCGAUUACUUUGAAUUGAAAUAUGUGAAAUGUAAAUAAGAUGUAGCUUUUUUUUUAUUAAAGAUACACAACAGAAAAAAUAUUUUAUAAUAGAUACCAACCAUAUCAAUGUAAAAAAUUAAUGUACUAUUUUACUGACAGUAGAGACAUACGAUAAAUGCAGACUUAUGACUCUGUAACUGGCAUUGCAAGCUAAUUUUUUAAGGCAAAAUAAAUAUUAUAGACUUUUAGUCUAAAGGUAAUUGUAUACGAACUAAGAUUGUAUAAUUAAAAAACAAAACUGCUAAAAAAAUUUUUACAUAAUUAAUACACAUUUAAUUUAAAUUUCUUUUCAAUUCAUGUUAAUUUUAAUAAACAACAUUUAAAUUGUUAUAA